CCGCCCCCUCUUCAGUGCAGACCCUCCCCGUCCCUUCUGUCACCUCACAGUAGUCGUUGCCGGUAGCGGGUGCUGGGGCGCGAGCAGCGCAGGGCCGCCUGUCCCCCGCCCCCCAGGCCGGGCCCGGGCUCGGUUCCCACCCCGCUCCCACCUCUCCACAACCCCGUCGGGUACGGGAAGGUCCCAGCUGCUGCCGGGUCCCCGAGGGCCGUCGUGGCCGCCGCCACGGGUCCCCAUGGAGCCGCCGCAUCUGUAUCCGGUGAAGCUCUACGUGUACGACCUGUCCAAGGGCCUGGCCCGGCGGCUUAGCCCCAUCAUGCUGGGAAAACAACUGGAAGGCAUCUGGCAUACCUCCAUAGUUGUGCACAAGGAUGAGUUCUUCUUUGGCAGUGGCGGAAUCUCCAGCUGUCCCCCGGGAGGGACGUUGCUUGGGCCACCAGACUCUGUGGUUGAUGUGGGGAGCACCGAAGUGACAGAAGAAAUCUUCCUGGAGUACCUGUCCUCUCUGGGGGAGUCUCUGUUCCGAGGUGAAGCCUACAACCUCUUUGAACACAACUGUAACACCUUUAGCAACGAAGUGGCACAGUUCCUGACCGGGCGGAAGAUCCCGUCUUACAUCACCGACCUGCCCUCUGAAGUCCUCUCCACGCCCUUCGGACAAGCUCUCCGGCCCCUCCUGGACUCCAUCCAGAUCCAGCCCCCCGGAGGGAACACGGUGGGCAGACCCAACGGCCAGAGCUAACCGGACUGCUCGGGACCGCCCGCCUGCCCACCUGCCCUGCAGGGCUUUUCCUUUUUAAACAAAACAAACCCUACCAAAUUUCUAUUUUAUAAUUUUACAUCAGAGCUAACAACCAGGGGACGGCUUUUUAAAUUUCCCAGGGAAGGAGAUCAUCAGGCUGCAUAGGACAAUGCUGCUAAGAAACGGAACAAAAUGCCCCCCUUCUAAUAGUAUUACACUAAUUUAUUAAGGCUGUCUUGUCUGUGAGUUCACUUUUGACGCUGUUUCUGAAGCGUCCUCCACCCUGGAGAAAGGGAAGGGUUGUUUCAGCAGUAGUCAAGAGGGGCAGUUUGGGGAAGCCCCAACCUAGAACCUCUUUCCAGAGACUAUCCAUGCCCCACCCAGGUUGCCACACCUGUGGGACCAAGGAGUUCUCCAACACCCGUGACCCGGAAGCAGUCACUCAGCAUUACAUGAACCAAAGGGUGUGGUGCACUUGGGGCCAGUUGCAGGGUGACUAACCGAACCUCAGUGAGCUCUUUCACCAGACCUCUGUCACUUUCCCUUCCCUGCCACAAGCAUGGGGCCACGGCUACAGCAACCACACUCGGAAUCAGAGAGAGUGACAGCCAGUACCAGGCCAGAGACACAGGAUAAAGCCAUUCCUCUCCCCACCCAGACUGCUGCCGUCCUCUGCCAUCGAUUUGGGAAAGCUGCCUUGCUGCGUGCCGGUAAGGCUGCCAUUCCUGAACUUAUCGGACCUGUCACAGUGGACGGGGGCUGGGCCACAGCCUCAGAGACCCAGGGCUUCUGUCUACAAAGAAACCGCACCCAGCACCGUAUGCAGCAUUCAGUUAGGGACCGAGGGGACACAAGUCCCAGCUAGGGGAUGUAGAGAGAAUAUGAUGCAGAAUCAAGGUAGCAAGAAAAUUUCAUUGUUUCCUAUAGGACUUUUCCGUUAACCUGAAUGUGUUGUGGCACACAUUUCCAUUGUCAUUCUGGCUUUAAGGAGGUGCCAUUGGGGUGUGAGUGGGCAUUUUCCUGGUGACUUGCUGCUGAGGUUGUAGACAGCAAUCCGGAAGUGGUGGAUCUGGGCCACCUUUCAGACUCCGUUUCACAUGAGCUCCCAUGGGUUAUUUAGGGGACAGCGUGGGUGGGGCUCAGAGCUGCCAGGUGCCUGGCUCUUGGCUCUGCUGCCUGCGCCCUCCUGCCAUGGCUCCCUGCCCCCUCUAAAACUUGAGUCUGUCUGCUCCUUCCGGGACAGGGCCCUUUCCUCCCUGAAGUCUGCUCACCCCAGCCCUGCCCCUGCUGUCUUUGCCAUUAGCCAUAGCAGUUGGCAUCAUCAGGGUCCCAGCUAGAGGGAAAGAUGUCAUUCUGCCUUGGUGUCUGCCUGUGACCUGACCAGGGGCGUGUCCAGCUGGUAUCAAGUAGCAUUUUAGAAUUUAAGACCAGGCCAAUUGAGAGGUUUAGUUCUCAGACUCAAUGUAUGUAGCAGUGAUAAAUAAGAACAGAAAGCAGCAGGGAUUGCUUGAGGCUAAGCUACGGGUGGCUUCAAGGAGGAUGGGUGUCAGGGCCUGGGUGUCUUCCGGGAGGGUGGCCGGUUGGCCUGGGCCACUGCGCAGCAUCUUACCAGUGUCCCCUCUCCCCAUCUGCCUGAAACGCUCAUCUCCACCCAGAGGGUACUGAGCCUUUCUCCUGCCCCAUAUGCGGGCUCAGCCGGCUUUGCUCCUCCCAGCGGGCACCUUCAGACCCAGGGCUGUUCUGAGUUCUGAGUGACUCCUGCAGGGAAUUACGGUCACUUGAUUCCUUGAACGCUGCCCUUCCUGCCCAGCAGCCAUUUGUGCCAAUGCCUGUGCCCUGGAUCAGUGAGAGACGGAGGGGUUGGCAAGCGGUGAGCCAAGCUCGUGGGGAGGUGAGCUGUCCUCCCCCAUGCGAGUCCUGCCCCCCGCAGGGCAGAAGCCAGGCCUGGGCUAGGCCUCCCACCCCAUCCCUCAUUUCCGUCCAUCCCAGAGCCUCAGGAGCGCGCUGGGGACCAGCCAGCUCCGCGUGGGUGCACUUGUGACACGUAGUGGGUGCCUCUUAGAGGUGCACUGCUGUAGAGGAACAGGGAAAGAGGAGGGAUGUGACCAUCACCCUCUCCCAGAACUAAAGCUCGUACCUUUGAGAUUGCAUUAUGCCCUUGAAGUCAGGCUGAUAAUUGUGUCUCAUACGGAGGUGUUUGCUAGUUUUCAUUGGUGUUUUUCUAAUGCAAUAAACUCAUUUCCGCCUGCUG